AUAUAUCAGAUGUGGUAUGAUGGUAGGCUAUAUAAAUGCCUUCCCCUGUCAAUUUGUAGACUAUUACAGAAAGAUGAACGCCACCACUCCUACGCAUGUGUUUUACACAAGUCUUUACAUCAUACCGACCCUCUGUACAGCAUUCGAGUUGCACAAGGCGACUUUCGAACAUGUCAAGGUGUUUUAGAGGUUCUUUCUAGAAUCCAAUACCUUCAUGUUUUAUUCAUAACUUGUUUACACCGUUCUUUUUAUUGCGUUCUGUCAUCACCCCAUUUUUCUCCUAUUCAGAUACUCUCCUUUUUUUUUUUUUUAUUCUUAGACUGAAUCGUCUAAAUAUCAAUCUAUUCAACUGCAUUCGUUUGGUAUUUAGAUGCGCAAUAAUGUUUUUUUUACUAUGAUGAUUAUAUUUCAAUUCUUCGUAGGCCUAUAUUUUCAUGAGUAGCCUACUAUUAUUAAUAGUAGUCUGUGCUAGUAGGCUAGUAAUAGGGGUAGUAACAGUGUGGUGAAUUCCGAUGUUCCUUCAUCACUAUCACGAAGUCUGUGAUAGUGAUGCGUCCUUGUCUGCAAGAAAGGUGUCGGCAGUGCAACCGCUGAAUUCCACCUUGUAUUGUAAUUUGGUAGUUUGCAACAUCAAAGAGAUCAAUCUUUUGAAAAGGCGAGUACCAAUUUAAUAUUGUAGACUACUAUUUAGAUGGACAGUUCCAUGAGUGAGACUCAUGAUGCCACAACCCCUUUCCUCCUCUCAUCUGCUUAUGAAAGCUCUUGCAAAAAAAAAUAACGUUCAGGAAGUCUGGGCUUUACGCUAAUAACAAGCAGCCAGAUUCAACAAGCACUAGGCUCGGGCCACACGGCUGUUCAAGGAGGUCUUAGUUGAGAUCAAGUCGAUUGAGGAAACGUGACAGGUAGGUGUUACAUUUAUCAUUUGUAACAGGCAAAGUUAGAAGCCGGACCACUUGCCUGGUAGUUUCAAAUCAAGGCUUUCUGAUUCACAUAUUGUACACCCCUUGUUUACACAUGAUACAAGGUGCAGAAAGAGAACAGACAACAAUGCAACUUCGUCGAGGUUUACAAAAAUUAUAGUAAACGUUUUGGUUGUGCACCUGCCAUCCUUUGUGCGCAUGUUGUUUUGCUAGCUGCUGUCAAAGAACGAACUUUCAGUAAGCAACGCAAUUGGUUGUAUUCUCAGUAAAUGCUGAAAGUAUCUUAUCAUUAGUCACAAUUGAUGCAGUUAAUGUUCCAAAAGCGAGUUUUAGGCUACCUGUGCAUCUGUUAUUACUGCCUCAAAUGUCGCUGAGAUAGGUAGUGAGCUCAAGUCUUUGUGUGUUCAAGAUUUUACGGAAAAUAUUGCGUUUGAAACCCAUGUCUAACAGCCGUAACAAGAAAACAACGUUUCGACAAAAAUGUUAUGUUUAGUUCCUCAAACUAAAGCUGCUCCUCCGUGUGAAUAUGUAUUGGCGGUUUAUCUGGGUCCUAUCAUACCCGCGCCACCUGAGCGCCUGUCCGGAUGCCCUGCGGGUUGCGCGCUAAUCGGAGAAGCACACAUUUCGCUUUGAUUUCCUGCGCGGCUCUGCAGCUUGAUCCGAUGUUUCUGGUGUUUUUAGGGAUCUGCCCCUAACCCUAACCCACACACACACACUACUACCCCUCCCACCCUCGCAGAAAACAGCUGGGAUGCGAGAUUGUCGUCAACACAGUUUUAAGUAGUCCUUUCUGUAAUCACUCUUUCUUACUUCUUAAGUCUCUUCAAUAACCUACUAGCCAACAACGCACAUAUAAGUGUAAUAUUAAGUAUUUGAAGAGCAUAUUAAAUAUGCCAAACUUCAAAUCAGUAAUAUUUUCAUUAUCAUCAGUUUGUCAUCUAUUUGAUCAAUUAAAUUGUCAUCAAUUUGAUCUAUUAAAAUACAGGCUACACAUUUUAUUUACAUUGCCUGUGCACUCCAAAUUUUGAUAAUUUAAUGUUGGAGUGCCAAUCCAAAUUUUAACUCGGGGAACAAUGGGGCCAGACAGUUCAGAUGAGACUAAUUAAGCAACCUGUAAAUAUUGUAUUAAUCAGAAGACACAAUAACUUUAUUUUGUGUUGUUCAUUGUCUGGGAUUGAUUGAAAUCCAGUAACUGUUUGAAAUGGGAGGCACGAGCCGGCGACAGGUAGGCCUGACGUGACCUACCGGCUGUUGCUGCCUGGCCCCAGUGCGGGUCUGUAAUGUGGGCCUGAAUGCAGACGGCUCUCUUGUUCUAGGUGUAAUUAGGACCGGAGCAGCCCACCGGCGGACGCUCUGGGGGUGAGCCGAGGAACAAGGCCUCUCUGUUUUGACGGCUAGUGAGUAAUGCUGGGAGGAAAUCCGAGACUUGCUACACGGGUUCCACUGGCGGGUGGACACCAGCAGCGAGCAUCUAUCGUGACCUGACGUACUGUUUCAUUACACGCCAUUUGCAAUCAAUUCCACCGAGCUACAACCAUAGCCUUUCAAAAUUGCGGAGAGGCUGCGUCGGCUGCACACUGCCACUCUUCAAUCAAAACCAAAACCCGAGAUAUUACUCUCCAUCCAGCCAAAAGGCAUUAGCUGAUAAAAAAAACAAGCAAUCUCAGAUAUGUUAAGCAGUAGGACCCGUUAAUCAUUUGUAUUGCGCUGAUCGAUUGUUUUAUAUAUAUUAUAUAUUAUAUUACGACUCCACAAUAUCAGACCCUUAUGAAAGCGAAAAAAGACAGAUGGAUGCCUAUUGUUGCUGCGCACUUUUCCUAUCUGCAUGAGAUUACCUCGUGAUUUGUACUCAGAGACGUGGCACAGAACCCACUGCUGUGACACAUCUACUUCUCGAUGGCAUCACGGUGCCCGUCUCCGUGUUUCCUCUCCCCCCGCAGCUAGGGAUCGAAUAUCGCAUUGAUAAAGUCGCAUAUCACUUAUCCUGAUUGCCAUGGGCUUCAAUUCCCUGGGGAGAUGUCUGGUCCGUGAGGUCUGCCUUGCAUUUGUUCUUUGAGUGAACCAAUCGCCGGGCCCCGGAUAGGGAAACUGAGGGAAGCUGUGUCUUUAAAGCACCUGUCCUCGUAACACCUGGCAGACGAGGGUUUGCCUUUGCGCAUGCCCUAUUCGUUGCAAAAAAAGGACUUAUACUGGCGCGCCCUUCAUCACCAAUGGUCUACAAAUCGUUUCAGAGAUAAAACAGAGGCGCCGUCCAAAGUCAAGAAAAGAGCAGAGUGGCGAACCUGGGGAGCCUUUUGGGAUAUUUGUGGACUAGAAGCAAGACAUACAGCCAUGCCGCGGUCGUUCCUGGUGAAAAGCAAGAAGGCGCACAGCUACCAUCAGCCGCGAACGUUUGAGGAUGACUACAGUAGACUGGAUACUAUUUUAGCGCACAUAUGUGCAGCAGAGAGCAAAAUUCCGGAAGAGUCAGAAUGCUGCACUGAGGUGCUGUCUGGGGACACUACAAGGGACUUCUCCCCUGAAUCGCACCUGGUGAACACUGCAGACCGCUCAUCAAAGUCCCCACUGAGCUGUGGAGGAAGUGUAUGUGGUCGCUCGUCAGACUACGAGGACUACUGGCGACCUCCGUCGCCUUCAGUAUCACCCGCAAAUUCGGACAAGUCUUUCUCGCCUUCAGUAGACGAGACUCAGCCGUUCGAGGUGCCCUUCCGGCCUUAUGCUUGGAACAACUACACGGGGUCCGAAAUCCGGCAUUUGGUCCAACAGACGUACCACCAUCCGCUAGACCUUGAGCGGGGAUCAUCUCUCCCUUAUUAUGGGGACAGAGUCAUUGACGCCUCACUCUUUCCAGAGCGGGGGUCUGGUGCUGGGGGUUACGGCACUUACGGAUCGGCUGCCAGACUUUUUGACAGGGCCGCUGUCAGUGGGUUAUAUUCAGACAACAGCAUUCAUGGCAAAGUGCCGGACAUCAAAGCUGAGGCUGACAUCCUUUGCAGUCGUCUGAUGCUGAACGGUGCCUUCAAGUGCAUCAAAUGUAGUAAGGUCUUCUCCACGCCUCAUGGGUUGGAAGUCCACGUGAGGAGAUCACACAGCGGGACCAGACCCUUUGGCUGUGACAUUUGCGGAAAAACAUUUGGGCACGCCGUGAGCCUAGAACAACACAAAGCUGUUCACUCACAGGAAAGGAGCUUCGACUGCAAGAUAUGCGGCAAAAGUUUUAAGAGAUCUUCAACUUUGUCGACUCAUCUCCUGAUUCAUUCGGACACUCGGCCGUACCCAUGUCAGUACUGUGGGAAAAGGUUCCAUCAGAAGUCCGACAUGAAAAAACACACGUUUAUUCACACAGGUGAAAAGCCACACAAAUGCCAAGUGUGUGGAAAGGCAUUCAGCCAGAGCUCCAACCUCAUCACACACAGUCGCAAACACACUGGCUUCAAGCCGUUCGGCUGCGACAUGUGCGGAAAGGGCUUCCAGCGCAAGGUCGAUUUGAGGAGGCACAAGGAAACACAGCACGGACUGAAAUGAUUGAAUAAGUUAUCGUCACAUUAUCUGAAAAGAAAAGUAAAUAAAUAUCGAGCAUACCGCCAUAACAAACACUAGGGGAAAUGAGUAAAGAGGAAAUGUAUGGAUGGCGGCUUCAUGCCUAAAUUCUAUAGGUUAUAUACGGCCAUCAGCUGUAAAGUCAAUUUUUAUUUUAUUUUAUUUUAUUUUGCUUAUCAUUUCUGAAUGAUACACUGACCUGUUUGGCUGAGUUUAUCUAAAUAAGUUGUAUUCGUCCCUGAGGACCUCUCACGAAACCCAAAUAUUGUGACCAAAAUAAGGGCAAGACAGAGAUCAUCCUGAAUAUCAACUGCGUGGGAGAAAUCUGCGCUUCUCAAAAGAAUGUCACUUUGUUUGUAAGUUAAACAUGCUGGCAAAACAAAGCAAAGCAUUACAACGGGCCAGUGUGAUUUCAUAAACGUGAGGGAAUGUUCAUAUAGCCUCUUGUAUUCUGCGCAGAGACACCAGCCAGUUUAUUAUUAAUCGUUUAUUAUAUUUUCCCCUCUUUAUUAUUUAGUGAUAGGCUGUUCUAUCCUUUUUAUCAAAUUUGCACAAACGUAAUUUAUAUUAACGAGAUCAGUGUAUCUCGUUUGAUUGCAGUACGUUCAAAUUAUGUGUACUACAGUGUUUGUUCUUAAAUUAUUUAUUGAUACUAUAAAAUAAAUACACUGUU